UCUCCCCUUCCGGCCCCCUGUGCUGCUCAGUGCGGCGAAGCGCGGCCGAGGAGAGCAGCCACAAGUCACGACGAUGCCCAUCCUGGAAAAAGCCCCCCAGAAGAUGGCAGCAAAAACUCUCAGCAGUGAGGAGGAGCCGGAGCUGCCCAAACUCCCAGUGCCCCCCCUGCAGCAGACCCUGGCCACUUACCUGCGGUGCAUGCAGCCCCUGGUGCCCAGGGAGCAGUUCCGGAGGAGUCAGGCCAUCGUGCAGCAGUUUGGGGCCCCUGGUGGCCUGGGUGAGACCCUGCAGCAGAAGCUCCUGGAGCGGCAAGAGAAGACUGCCAACUGGGUGUCUGAGUACUGGCUGAACGACAUGUAUCUCAAUAACCGCCUAGCCCUGCCUGUCAACUCCAGCCCAGCUGUGAUCUUUCCCCGGCAGCACUUCCAGGACACCAAUGACCAGCUCAGGUUUGCCGCCAACCUCAUCUCGGGAGUGCUCAGCUACAAGACCAUGCUGGACAGUCACUGCAUCCCCACUGACUGUGCCAAGGGCCAGCUGUCAGGGCAGCAGCUCUGUAUGAAGCAAUACUAUGGCCUCUUCUCUUCCUACCGCCUCCCUGGCCACAUCCAGGACACGCUGGUGGCACAGAAGAGCAGUGUCAUGCCUGAGCCGGAGCACAUCAUUGUGGCCUGCUGCAACCAGUUCUUUGUCUUGGAUGUUGUCAUUAAUUUCCGCCGUCUCAGUGAGGGGGAUCUGUUCACUCAGUUGAGAAAGAUAGUCAAAAUGGCUUCCAACGAGGAUGAACGCUUGCCUCCAAUCGGCCUGCUGACAUCAGACGGGAGGAGCCAAUGGGCUGAGGCCAGGACAGUCCUCGUGAAAGACUCCACCAACCGGGACUCGCUGGACAUGAUCGAGCGCUGCAUCUGCCUGGUGUGCUUGGACGCCCCGGGGGGCUUGGAGCUCAGUGACACCAACAGGGCGCUCCAGCUCCUUCACGGCGGAGGCUGCAGCAAGAACGGGGCGAACCGCUGGUACGACAAGUCCCUGCAGUUUGUGGUGGGCAGGGACGGCACCUGCGGCGUGGUGUGCGAGCACUCCCCGUUCGACGGCAUCGUCCUGGUGCAGUGCGCGGAGCACCUCCUCAAGCACAUGAUGAGCAGCAAGAAGCUGGUCCGAGCUGACUCCGUCAGUGAGCUGCCGGCCCCCCGGAGGCUGAGGUGGAAAUGCUCCCCCGUAAUUCAAGGCUUCUUAGCUUCCUCAGCAGAAAAACUUCAACGAAUAGUAAAGAACCUCGACUUCGUUGUUUAUAAGUUUGACAACUACGGGAAGACGUUCAUUAAACAGCAGAAAUGCAGCCCCGACGCCUUUAUUCAGGUGGCCCUCCAGCUGGCCUUCUACAGGCUCCACCGCAGACUCGUGCCCACCUAUGAGAGCGCAUCCAUCCGCCGCUUCCGGGAGGGACGGGUGGACAACAUUCGAUCGGCCACUCCAGAAGCACUGAGGUUUGUGAAAGCCGUCACAGACCACGAGGCUGCUGUGCCGGAUUCGGAAAAGCUGCUGCUCCUGAAGAGUGCCAUCCGCGCCCAGACGGAGUACACAGUCAUGGCCAUAACAGGGAUGGCCAUCGACAACCACCUGCUGGGGCUGCGGGAGCUGGCCCGGGACGUGUGCAAGGAGCUGCCGGAGAUGUUCACGGAUGAAACAUACUUGAUGAGCAAUCGAUUCAUCCUCUCCACCAGCCAGGUGCCCACCACCAUGGAGAUGUUCUGCUGCUAUGGGCCCGUGGUGCCCGACGGCUAUGGCGCCUGCUACAACCCCCAGCCCGAGAGCAUCCUUUUCUGCGUCUCCAGCUUCCACAGCUGCCGGGAGACCUCUUCCACCAAGUUCGCCAAGGCCGUGGAGGAAAGCCUCGCGGAGAUGGGCGGCCUCUGCAGCCCACCGCGGUCCGCUGCCGGCAAGCCGCUGGCGACAAAGGAGAAGUGA